AUGGAUUGUAUUGAUGCCACCAGCUCCACCGGUAUUAGCACAAUCGACCUAGUACUCGACGCAUACACGCAGGUUCACGAGUUCAAAGAAGGCACUACAGCAAAGACCUGGAUUGAGCACAACACAAAAGGCCCAUACCUCGUUCAAAGAAAGCCCUCUCAAAGUGCGCUCCUCGUCCUCAGCGGCCUCUCCGACGGCAAACUAGACAUCCGCGGACAAGCAAGCGCAGCAGCUGAUCUCGGAGCGUACUGCACAGCCGCGGAAAAGCUGAUAGCUAAAGGUCUUGCAAGCGUUGGUUUUGAUAGUCUGAAUGUCGCGGCUGCGCUGAGCAGUCUGGAUGCAUUUGCUGUUGCUGAAGUCUGUGAGUUUGCUGAAGCUAACGAGCUUGUGUUUAAACUGUACAUUCUUGGAGUCCACAGUAUAUCCUCCGGCACGGCUUUUCAAACAGAAGCAGUUGCCAGUCUGACAAAGACCUUUGGACUCUGCCGUCCGACGAUAAUUCCGGAUUGCACACAAUUGCGACGCCAUUUGCAUCGCUCAUCGGUUCUCGAUCCGUCAGGCACUGACAUAACUACAAUUCGGUGCACGGCAGUUGCUCCCUCCGCUCCUCAUCUUUCUACUAUCACAUUCAACAACGAGGUUGAGGAACCAUUUAUGAUGUACCGAGCCUGGCAUCUAGCGACAAAACAGAUGCUGAGGCAUCAGCCCGUGCAGAUCACAACGCAUAAGAGAGUAACUGUGCGCUAUCUUUCGUUUGCGCAAAAGUUUUUCAGAAACAAGGCGGAUUUUUCAGUACAGUAUUUGAAUGAUCGGGGCGUUCGCAAGGUGCAGGAACUUUUUCUGGCGGAAUGCGGUAUGACCAGUGCACAGAUGAUCGACGCGGAGCCGAAAGACGAGACUGAUGACGAGAUGGUACUAAAUAUGGAUAUAACAUCAACCGGGUCUUCGAACCUGAUUGACGCCGAACCUCCGAAAACAAAAUACAUACUUGUCCCAAUUGCGACCCUCGGCUGCGGCAAGACGACUAUCGCGCUUGCACUGACAAAGUUAUUAGGCUGGGGCCACGUUCAAAACGACGACAUCCCCAAACGCGGCGGUGGCGCGGGCUUACGGUUCUGCGAAGCAGUUAAAUCAUCGCUUGCUUCCAGACAGGUGGUGUUUGCGGAUCGGAAUAACCACAUGAAGCGGGAACGCGAGCAGUUUAUGACCGAUAUGAGGAACUUGAUGCCGCGGACUGAUUUGCAGUUUAUCGCGAUUUAUUUUGAUCAUACUAGUGGGUCAGGGAAAAGAGGCGUGAGAGCGGUGACGGUUCAGCGGGUGUUGGCGAGGGGGGAUAAUCAUCAGACUGUGAGGGUAGGUGCGAUCGGCGAGCAGAAAGUUGCGAAAAUCAUGGACGGCUUUCUGCAUCGAUUUCAACCUCUGAACAUGCAGCAUGCGCCGGAUAGUCGGUUUAACUAUGCGGUCACCUUGGAUGUCGACAGUAGCUUGCAGCUGAGCUUGAUGAACAUCAUCUACUGCGUCAAGCAAAAGUAUCCUGAGAUUAUGCUCGAAUCUCCGAGUCAGGACGAAGUCUUAGCCGCUGCUCAGUCCGUUCUAGGGAAUAGGCCAGCAGCGGGAAGUUUCCAGACAAGUCCUCCCAGACGCCGGCAGCAGGCAUUACUAUCGUCGUUCCAGCGUAAAGAGACGAGCGCAGCGACAGGUCUCGCGACGUACUUUGCCCUGAAGAUUACAGACCCGACCGCUCUCCUUGCUCAAAUCGACACUCUUCUUCCCAGCGGUGAUCAUUUCAUUUGGAAGAAAAUGAUAACUUCCGCUUCAUCUCCCACGCUCGUCUUUCUCCGCCGCGAGAAGGCGGUUGCACACCGUGCGCUAUGGGAUGCUCUGAGUACGAUGAUAACAGCAGAGGGAGUUGAUAAACUUACUGCGGACGUCGUUAUACGCGGAAUAGCAUGGACCGAGACGUGUGUAUGGGCGGCAGCAUAUAUCGAAUGGCACGCCAAUCCGAUCAAUGAGCUUCUACCGCUGCGAGGGGUGCUGUUCCCGAUCGUACUUGGUUCGACAGGCGACGUGGCUGAGACGGAUUUGGGAGUUGGCGCGGCUCUGGAAGAGAAGUUUCAGAGUAGUUCGAGCUAUGAGUUUGGUGAGGAGUUGAGGAUAUCAGGUUUACGGGUGCAUGCUGGCAUGUGA